AUGGCCGACGUCCGCGCCCUUCUCCGCCAGCAACGAGCCGCCCGCCGCAUCACCCACCCCCUCGCCACCUACUCCGACGCCGGCAAGCUCCUCUGCACCCUCUGCCGCGACCAGAUCCGCGCCGAGGCCCAUUGGGACGCCCACCUCCUGAGCGACAAGCACAAGAAGCUGCUUGCUGCUGCACCCAAUGGCGAAGAAGAUGACCAGGACGAGGCUGAGGGCGAGGCUGAAGCUGGCGAAGACGAUGCUAGAGCAGCAGACGACGCAAUGUCCACCACCUCGCAGAAACGAAAGAUCGAUGAUCUGGGAACAGACGACGAGGACCUAGACAUGGACCACGACCAAGACGAGCGCAGGAAACGAAACAAACCCGAAGCCUCUGAUCUGUCUCGCAAAAAAUCCACCAUGCCAUCUCAAGGCGUCGAAGUCCAGAUCCCCUCCAGAUCCUCAACGCCAAUCCACCAUCGCGAGCACUCAUCCUCCUCUUCCGUCCACUCUCAGCCCGCAACAGCAGCCAUAGCAACAACCACAACGAUGACAACAUCCCUUCCCUCCCGCCAAGCCAGCAACCUCGCCACUCCAGCAUCCUCCUCCUCCAUGAUGAGCGUCCAAUACACCAACCCUCAACCCUCUACCACAACCACAAUCACAACCACCACCGCUCCAACAACAACAACAACAACAACAACAACAGCACAAGCACAAGUCGACGAAGACGAAUGGGCCGCCUUCGAAGCCGACAUCGCUGCCACAACCGCCGCAGUACCCUCUUACGACGACGCCACCAUCUCCCGUCCCGCAAUGACAGCCGAAGAAUCCGCCCUCGCAAAAGAAGCCUUGGCCGCCGAAACAGAAGCCCAAAACCCCGAGUCCCGCAAGUCCAAAGCCGACGCAGACAUCGAAGACGAGCGCGAGGAAGCUACCCGCGCGCUGGAAGACGAAUUCGAAGAGAUGCAAGAGCUCGAGGCGCGAGUCCAGCGACUAAAAGAGAAGCGCGAGGCCUUGCUACGUACCCGGAGAGAGAGUCUCGUAGAACCUGUUGUAGACAUUCCCAAGCCUCAGGAGGCGACUGUAAAACCUACACCUGGUGCAGAAGACGACGAAACAAAGGAGAAUGUCAAGGCUGCUGAGGAUGUGGAUGACACAGAGGCCGAAGACGAUGAGGAUGAUGAAGACGACUGGGAUGGUUUCCGCUUCCGAACAGGGCGGUAA